GUAGAGCCGAUGGUGCCAAAGUAUAUGGAGACUCUUCAAACCUGGUGUGGUGCUAGCAUGGAUCUUGGUCCCUUGGAGAGAUUGACCAACCUCCUACUGGUGGAAGGCCUGACAGAUAUCCAGCAAAAGCAACAUGACUUUGUACAGAUUGAAGCCACCCAAGGCGCGAGGCACAUCUCCAAGAAGAUCCCAUUGGAGAAACUCUUCCAGCCUUUGUCCAAAUUCAGCAUCCCUCCACGCAUCUUGGUGACCGUAGGAAUUGCUGGCAUCGGCAAGAGCACGUUGGUCAAGCUGUUUGUCCAUACUUGGGCCAAGGGAGAGGUGGGGAAGGACUUUGAAUUUGUGCUGCCUCUGACUUUCCGAGAACUGAACGCUUACGACAAACUCUCAGCGGAGCGGCUGAUCCGGCUAGCUGCCCCCCAUUUAACGGAAUCAAGCUUUCUCUCGGUGGGUGCUUCCAGGACCCUUCUCAUUCUGGAUGGCCUGGAUGAAUUUAAGACACCAUUGGAUUUUUCGGACACCAUCGUCUGCACGGACCUCCAAAAGGAGAUCCAAGUGGACUACCUGAUCACUAACAUAAUCAGAGGCCACCUUCUACGAGAGGUCUGUGUGUGGAUCACCUCUCGGCCUAUGGCGGCCAGCCAGAUCCCGGGAGGACUUGUGGACCGGAUGACUGAAAUCCAAGGGUUUGGAGAUGCGGAGAUCAAAGACUUCUUGGAUCGCCUUUUUGUCGACAACCAAAACCUAUCCGAUGGCGUGAGGGAACAUCUCAAGACCAACAAAUCUUUGUACACCCUCUGUGCCGUGCCGUCUUUUUGCUGCAUCUGUGGCUCUUCCGUGGGCUACGUUCUAAAAAGCGCCGACUGCUCUCUGGACGCAUCGGUGCUUCCUAAGACUUUGUCUGAAAUCUAUUCCUAUUACUUCAAAAUGGUAUUGUGCAGUGAUGGGCAAGGCAAGCAGAAGGAGGCCCCCAGGAUAGGACAGGUGGCGAACAAUAACAGCAAGAAAAUGAUGAACUGCCUGGGGAGGCUGGCGUUCUACAGUCUGAUCAAGAGGAAGUAUGUCUUUUGCGAACAGGACAUGAAAACAUAUGGCAUAGACCUCUCCUCUCUCCACAUCAGCUUGUGCAAUAGGCUGCUCCUCAAGGAAGAGACGCCCUUGCCCUCUGUGUAUUAUUUCCCCCAUCUGACGUUCCAGGAAUUUCUGGCGGCCACCUAUUACUACACCUCGGCAAAACGGGCCCUUUUUGAUCUCUUCGUCGAGAGCGGCAUGUCUUGGCCCAAGCUAGGUUUCCUCAACCACUUCAAGAACGCCAUCCAGAGGUCUCUGCAGUCCGAGGACGGGCACCUGGACGUCUUCGUGCGGUUCCUCGCCGGCCUCCUCUCUCCGCAAGUGAACAAAGCCCUGUCCGAUUGGCUUCUGGUGAGAGAUGAGCAUCAGGGCUACCGGAGUCAGGUGGUCGGUGUGCUUCAGAGUCUCCUGGCUGUGGAUCAAGCCGUCUCCUGCAGGACUGUGAACCUUGUGCGGUGCUUGCAUGAGAUCCAGCAGGUGGAGAUUGCCACCCACCUAGAGGAAGCGUUGAAAAAUGAGAGCCUGGCUGGGAAGUUAACGCCAGCCAAUCGCUCUGCCUUGGCUUAUCUCCUGCAGACUUCUGAGAUCUGCAGCAAAGAGGCCAAUCUGUCCAGCUGCCUCAAUUACCACACCUUCCAAAGCCUUCUGUCCCAGCUCCUUUACUGCAGUAAUCUCAGGUUGGAAAACAACCAGUUUAAAGACAGUGCAAUGGAUCUGCUGGGCAGCGUCCUGAGCGGAAAGGAUUGUCAGAUCCAGAAGAUCAGCUUGGCAGAAAACCAGAUUGGCAACAAAGGCACAAAAGCGCUGGCUCGAUCCUUAAUGGUCAACCGGAGUCUCCUGGCACUGGAUCUUCGGAGCAAUUCCAUCGGGCCCCAAGGAGCAAAGGCACUUGCUGAUUCAUUGAAAAUCAACCAGUAUUUGCUUUCUCUAAACCUCCAGAACAACGCUGUCAAGGAAGACGGUACGAAAGCCCUGGCCGAGGCCCUGGUCCACAACCACACGCUGAUGACUUUGCACCUCCAGAAGAACUGUGUCGGGCCCCAAGGUUCCAAGAAACUCGCGGAGGCACUGAAGAAGAAUUGGGGCCUCAAGGAGCUAAUACUCUCCAGUAACUGCGUGGGAGAUGCCGGCACAGCGGCCCUGGCAGAAGGACUGACAGUGAAUCAUACCCUUUUAACUCUGGAUCUCCAGAGCAACUCGGUCAGCGAUGUGGGGGUGACGGCGCUCACACGUGCCCUCUGCUCCAACCGAGGGCUCAUCAGCCUCAACCUGAGGGAAAACUCCAUCAGCAAGGAGGGGGCGUGCGAGAUUGCCCGGGCCCUUCGAGCAAACGGCACGUUGAGAAAUUUGGACUUGGCUGCCAACCUGCUGCACGACGAGGGCGCCCAGGCCGUCGCCCUGGCGCUGAAGGAGAACCAGGCGCUCGCAUCCCUGCACCUGCAGUGGAACUUUCUUCAGUCCAAAGCUGCCAAGGCCCUUGGCCAUGCGCUGCAGUGCAACCGGAGCCUCUCUGCCCUGGACUUGCAGGAGAACGCCAUUGGAGACGAGGGUCUGACCGCCCUGGCCUCUGCCCUGAAGGUGAACUCCACGCUCUCUUCUCUAUAUCUUCAGGCGGCGAUGGUUGGCGAGAGCGGGGCCAGAGCCCUGGCCGAGGCCUUGGCAACGAACCAGAGCCUCACGACCUUGGACUUGCGAGGAAACGCCAUCGGUUUGGCAGGGGCCAAGGCCAUGGCCAACGCCUUGAAAGUGAACCGAGCCCUCCGCAGGGUCAACCUCCAGGAGAACUCCCUUGGCAUGGAUGGGGGCAUCUGCAUCGCCACCGCUCUGUCUGGGAGCCACGGCCUCGCCUACAUCAACUUACAGGGCAACCAGAUCGGCGAGUCAGGAGCCAAGGUGAUCGCUGACACCAUCCGUGCAAACGCUCCAGAGUGCAUAGUGGAGAUCUGA